CUACUCCGUACAAUUGGAGCUGCUUUACACUUUGAUUUCAUACGGAGAGAUCUGUUAUACACUCAUAUUAGACAUAGUACAUAAAGAAGAUGGUUGAGUUUUUCUCCUUCUACUUUUCCAAUGUAUUUUUAUUGCUCAUUUCUUUCAUCGCUUGCCUUUUCUUCUUGGACUUUAUUAAAAGCAGGAAAAAUGGGUCACAGUUUCCACCAGGUCCUAAAGGCAUUCCGUUUCUUGGUAACAUUCUGCAGGUCGACUUCAAAAAUCCAACAAAAACAUUUUUCCAGCUGAAAAAAGAGUUUGGGGACAUAUAUAGUUUGCAGUACUUCUGGACAAAAACAGUGGUGCUGAAUGGAUUUGAAGUGAUGAAGGAAGCUCUGAUCAACAGGUCGGAGGACAUCGCAGAUCGACCUCGAUUUCCUAUCUAUGAAAAAGUUGGAUGUGCUGGAGAAACUAAAGGCAUAGUACUGGCCCGAUAUGGAAGCUCAUGGAAAGAGCAAAGAAGGUUUACACUGUCAACACUUAGAAACUUUGGGAUGGGCAAGAGAUCUCUUGAAGAAAGGGUGGCAGAAGAAGCUCGGUGUCUGUGUUCUGCAUUUAAAGCCCAGAAAGAUCAAUUUGAUCCACAUUUCCUUAUAAACAAUGCUGUUGCCAAUGUUAUUUGCUCUAUUUCAUUUGGGGAUCGAUUUGACUAUGACGAUGCGAAAUUCCAAAGGCUUUUACGUCUCUUUGAAGAAGCCUUAAAGGCUGAAUUUGGACUCUUAGCCCAGAUCAUACAUGAAAUCCCUGUUCUAGCAAAAAUCCCAUGGCUUAUCGACCGAGUGAUGCAGCCAGAGUAUGAAAUUUUUAAAUUAUUAAAGGAAAAAGUUUCAGAACAUCAAAAAACCUGGAAUCCAGACGACAUCCGUGAUUUUAUCGAUGCCUACCUAGUAGAGAUUGAAAAAGUGAAGGACGAUAGUUCCAGUAGUAUCAAUGAGACAAACCUACUUAUGACAACCUACGAUUUGUUUGGUGCCGGGACAGAAUCUACUACUACCACCCUGAGGUGGGCUCUGUUAUAUAUGAUCCUCUACCCAGAUGUCCAAUCCAAAGUACAAGAAGAAAUUGAUGAAGUAAUUGGAAGAGAGCGGACACCGACAAUGGGGGAUGUGCUACAAAUGCCAUAUACUAAUGCUGUGAUCCAUGAAGUACAACGAUGUGGAGAUGUUGUUCCCUUAGCUAUGCCUCAUAUGACCUACAAAGACAUGGAAAUUCAAGGUUACAUUAUACCAAAGGGAACCACUAUCAUCACCAACCUGUCCUCUGUGCUCAAGGAUCAGCAAGUGUGGGAGAAACCUUUCCAGUUUUACCCGAAGCACUUCCUGGAUGAGAACGGAAAGUUUGUAAAACGGGAAGCAUUUAUGCCAUUUUCUGCAGGUCGAAGGGCUUGCUUGGGAGAACAACUUGCCAGAAUGGAACUCUUCCUGUUUUUUACCACUUUAUUACAGCAACUUACAUUUGAGAUACCAAAUGACCAACCUCGUCCAAGAGAAGAUCCUCUCUAUGCCUUAACUUUAAGUCCACAUCCCUACAAUAUUCGUGUUGUAGCUAGGGAAUAACUUGUUAAAUAGAGGGAGAUCUGAAUUUUUAUAACUGAAUCUGCAAAUUUAGUUCCAUGUGGGCAUAAAAUAUAAUUUCAUAUGCAGUAUAUAAUUCUAGAAAUCCUUCUUGCUUAUCAAGUGUAUAGGCCUAUUCCCUCUACGGAAUCUCCACCAGGAUCCGGGUUUGUGUGGGUCCAGAGUCUGGAAUUUCCACAGCGUUUUUCUCCUCUGAAAUUCCGUAGUGUGAAUGGGCCCUUAUUUACAGAAGACUGAUUAUUCUUAUUAUAUAUUUUGAUAAAUAUUUUGGUACUUAUUAAAUACUGAAUUGUAGGUUUAGUUUUUGCAGAUAAAAGUCUAUAACCUUCCUCAUACUAUGAAAAAGUAUAACAAUAGACAACAAUUUAUAACAUAUUUGGUAGCAGCACUGUUUUUAGAUUUACUGUAUGCUGCAGUAACAGUGCCAAUGCGGGCAUUCAUGUGUUGUUGUAAUGCUAUGAGCUCUUAAAUGUUGUCAUGGAUACAGAGCAAUGCUUCUCUGCUUGUCAGAAGAGUGCAAGUGCAAUGGCAUUCUCCUCCUCUGACAAGCAGGGAAGAAACUGUACUGGUGCUACCAGCACUGGUGUAUUUAGUAAGUUAGUUUGUAAGUUGUUAUUCCUUCAUACUGAGCCCCCGGACCGACUUUUUACACAAAGUCUAACAUCUUGUAAAUAUGUGUACACUGAAUACUGGGGUACCGAGGACAGGGCUUAGAACAGUUUGUGAAAACAUCUGGUAUAUAUCAUCUUCUUAGUUUAUUUGAAGAGCAGUAGUAUGGACGGAGCGGUUUUGGGGCAGGAUGCCAGUAUUUCUAUACUAUAUUUUGCUUCUGACAGAGGGAUCAGAAAUAAAACUAGACUAGAUAGAGAUAGGAAGCAUCAUGUGUCCCAGUGCUGCAUCCCACCCACAAUCCAGAUAAUGUAUACUACAGACAAGAAAUCUAUCAAUUUAAACUUGUUUUAUUGCUAAUUCGCAUUCAUGAUGCAAAACACAAAACUGUGCCCCUGUAGCCGAAUGUGACACGUGCAGUGAUAGGCAGAGGCGCAUGCUCACCCUCCGCACACCCUCAGCUACAGGGACACAGUUUUCUUCUUUACAACAGGACACAAGGACACAGUUUUCAGCAUCCCAGCUCCCUCUCACUCAAUCUCCGCAAUCCUUUCUCACGGGGACAGGGACACAGUUUCUCCACACAUCUUCCCACUGCUUGAACAGACUGUGGAGUGCAGCCAGAAGAGCGCUCCACAGCCUUCCCCCCACACAUCUACUACCCGCUCGCGCCGCACAUCUACUAUCCACACGCUACCUGUUGCAAGCCUAUGACUCCCAGAAUGCCCUUACAGUAUGCUGGGAGUUGUAGUUUUGCAACAGCAAGCAGGCGGACGGUAGAUGUCGGGGCGGGUGGGAGAUAAGCUGGGAGAUGUGCGGAGAAACUGUGUCCCCUUCCCCAUGAGAGAGAGUAGUGGAAAUGGAGUGAGAGGGAGCUGGGAUGCUGAUAACUGUGUCCCGUUGUAAAGAAGAAAACUGUGUCCCUGUAGCCGAGAGUGUAUAGAGGGCAUCCUGGCGCCUCAGCCAAUCACUGCCCGGAUCACAUUCGGCUACAGGGGCAGUUUCCUCCAUUACACCAGCUUCUGGGGCCCCUUGCAAUCUUGAGAACGCAGACCCAACUCUUUCCACUGAAUGGAGGGGUGGAUCAGCAUGUGUACUAUUCAUUAUCUAUAGAGCCGCCAGAUAUAAGCGAGUACAGUGCUCAGCUAUCUCUGGUGGCUCUAUAGAGAGUAAAUGGUGCACAUGCUGACCCACCCCUUCAUUCAGUGGAGAGAGUAAGGAACCUGUUCUCCAGAUUUGGGACCCACCGCCAUCUGACACUUAUCCCCUAUCCUGUGAACAGGACAUAAGUUUUUAUGCACUGGAAUACCAAUUCAAGGUUGGUUUUGGACCCCAUCUCAUCUCUGAUAUGGCAAUAAAUUUGGUGGAGACCUUUCUAACCCUCUCUACCAAAGUUAUAGAGAGAGAUUUAUCAAAACGUGUCAAGAGGAAAAGUUGCUGAGUCGCCCAUAGCAACCAAUCAGAUUGCCUCUUUCAGUUUUCAGAGGCCUUUUCAAAAAUGAAAGAAGUGAUCUGAUUGGUUGCUAUGGGCAACUCAGCAAUUUUUCCUCUGGACAGGUUUUGAUAAAUUUCCCCUAAUUUAUAAAUGGACAGAACUGGGCCGAAGACCCCUAAUGUGGUGGAAACCCAAGGGAAUAUGUCUUCCCUAAAAUGUAUCCCUAUUUGUGAAUGUGCAUACAAAGUUUGCUACACAGGUAAUAGAAAAAGUAACGUUGCACUCACCACAAGACACAGCAUGGAGGUUUUCAAAUCCGGAUUUAUUCGUAAAUACGAAGUGCUAUACAGUCAAAGCAGGUUGGAGGGAAGGGAGGGGAGCAGACAUCAGCUCCGUGGAGCUGGCUGAGCGCAACGAAUUGUUUCGCAGUGAAACUGCUUGAUCAAGCUAUGUUAAGCAGUUUGCUGUUAAUCUGUGACUGUCGUCAGUCAAAUAGUUAUUUUAAACCAGUGGUCUCAAAUGGUGGCCCUCCAGAUGUUGCAAAACUUAAACUCCCAGCAUGCCCGGACAGCCAACAGCUGUCCUCAACGCUGGGUGUUAACAAUUUGCAACAUCUGGAGGCCCACAAUUUGUUACUACUGUUCUUAACAAUAAAGGGUAAUUGUCAGUGUCAUACAGUAUAAUGGCUACCAUGACCACAGGUUUUGAGUGCAAUGAAUGAGGCUUAAAGCCACUAGACAUCUUAACCCCUAUCCAAAGGAUAGAGUAUAAGAUGUCUGAUUGCAAGGGGUUAAUGCUUGGGUCCCCCACGAUCUCCGGCGUGGCACCCCAAUUAUCCGGUGCGCGGAGCACACUCCGCUCCGUGUUGGAUGAUGGACGACCACAGCCAUCACGCCCCCUCCAUUCAUGUCUAUGGGAGAAGGCAUGAUGGCUAUGUACUAGCCAUCCCGCCCCCUCCCAUAGACAUGAAUGGAGGGGGCAUGGUGUGACGUCACGAACACAGAAGCUCCAAGCUAGCUGGGAAUUCCAGCAGUGGGAUAUGGGAUAAAAUGUCUUGAGGUGGUGUACCCCUUUAAGCACAGUUCCUUUGGUUGGAAAGCCAAUAAGUGAUCAGACUUGUACAUACAGCUGAUCACUGAUCACAUGUACAGAAGUGAAUAUUAUGGUGCUGGCCCACCAGGUUCUGACAACGUGAAGUGCUGCAUUGGUGCCUGAAAUGUCACUUAUGUUUAUGCUAUUAUACAUAUGGGUUAAAUAAAAGGAACCAGUAUUUGCAUGGA